AUGACACUCAUUAACGAAUCCCACGACUCCCUUCCCUACAUCGACGCUGAGCCAUCUGCUCAAGCACGCGCAGCUGCACAGCAACUCGUCGCAGCGGAAUUACCUCCCGAUCAUGCCUCGGGUCUUCAUCCCGCCAUCCCCGAGCUCCCCGAACCGCGUUUCUCCCCUCUUAUACAGCAGGAGAUCGACCGCAAGGCCGCCGGGCUGCCCUUAACCGGCGGAAUCGACCUGUCACGCUACGAGGCACCGGAGCCGCCUGCGCGCUCGACGGAUGGAGAAGCACCUGAUCUGGAUGCAUGGCGCCGCACCCUGCAGAGAGCAUACACGGCCAGCUCCCAUCUCUCCAUGCGACACGAGAAUCUGGCGCUCCUGGAGGAGUACGGGAAGAACGCGUGGCUAAUUGGCAACUCCCAGCUGGAAGAUAUUCUCCGGGGUCUGGAGAAGGAGCUGGCCGAGACCAAAGAGGCGGCGGAGGCGGUGAACAAGCAGAGGAAGCUUGCCCAGGAGGCCAGCCAGGGCGAGCUAGUGAGUUUGGAGGAGACUUGGAAGCGGGGCGUCAGUGCCAUCCUUGACGUGGAACUGGCCUCGGAGGGACUGCGGUUGCAGAUUUUGGAGCAGAAACGUCGACUUGCUCAGCAGCAGGCACGGUAG